UAUGCUCCAAGACACAGGCGAUAAUUUUCAAUUUUCAAGAAAGUCAAAACGAACGUCUCUUUAAAUUGAGACGCGUUGACAAUUAAAAAGGAGAAGUUACUGCUACCCUGCACCAGAUCACACAACUCUCGCGCCAGUUUUUUAACAUCGGAGGAAAAUGUUUUACAACUAAAACCCUAGUCUACGUUUAUCAUUAAAUCACGCAAAGAAUCAAAUCAACUGUCAACAAAACAUGCUUGCUGAUCAAGAAGAAACUCCUUCCAGGGAAGAAUUAUUGAGUAUGGUGAAGAAGCAUUCGAAUUUCAUCGGCAAAACCAUAGUAGAUGAGCAAGAUUCCGCUGACCUUGAAAUGGAUUCUGGAUUUUGGCAUGAUGUUUUUGAUUUGUACUUUAUUCGUAGUAAGGAAUCGAGAGGACGACAGGAUGACGAUCUCUUAUUUUUCGUCCGGAAAAGGAGUUUGGAUGGAUAUGGUUUCAACGAUAAUGCUGAAGAGGUCCCUCCAUACUUUGUACGCAGGUGGGCAUCCAAGCUGGAUAACUUGCUUGGCAAGAACUCGAUAGAGGUUGAUUGGAGGCGCUCAUUUUAUUUGAACAUGAUUGCCCAUACUUCAUUCUCAGUAACAGUGGCAAUUUGCAGUCAUAGGGUCCUUCAAAACUAUCAAUCUGGGCAAAAUGCACCGCUGUCUCCCAUAUACAAGGUUGUAAAAACUGUUUAUGCAUCUCCAAGCCGUGUAUAUUUUCAUUUGGACUCAAAGAAGGAAGUAGAGACUACACCUGCGUAUCCAGAUAUCUGUUUUGCAGUAGAUGACUUUGACUCCACUUUCGAUGCUGUGGUCUUGUCAGAUACGGACCACUGUUACUGUGUGCUUCUGAAUGCACAUGAUGGAGCAGCAUUUCCUACUGAAAAAGAGUCACCUGAUAGCAGUUUCAGUAAUAAUGCGCCUCUGAGAAUUGAUACUAACUCUGGAAAGAUGGGGAAUACUAAGCUUACUCUUUUCUCAGGAUUUGUCAGCUAUCAGAUGGUUCGAGAUGCAUAUGAUGCUGGAAAAUCUCGAUUUGGGAGCCUUCUUUCACUUGGUCAAUCCCCAGGCAAAACAGACAGACUGUACAUGAAAGGCCCUGGAGGACGUGGGGAAGUUGAAGUUGCUGUUUCUGGUGUAGCAGAUCAAAGCCAGCAGGAUUCAGGCCCCUUUUCACCAGUUGUAUCAAAGAGAGGAUUUGGGAUUGGCUCGAUUGUUCGUAAAGCAGCAUCUGUUGCAUCUGUGGCAGCAAAGCAUGCCUUUGCAGCUGCCUCUGCAACUUCUUCAGAUGAUGAGAUGAUACCCCUCAAAUGUUGCUUAAUGUCUAUAUCGUUGCCCUGGGAAAACAUUGCUUAUGACCUUCUGUUUAAGGGAAAUCCUCCUGUGAUGUUGUAAUCGUCGUAAAUAGCCAUCACUGGAAAUCAUAAAAUGGUGGACUCUCCUCCAGCAAGGGAAAGCCUGGAAGAUGCUUCUAUAAGAAAAGAAACUAAAAGUUACCGCUUAUUAGUUUUUAACCUAAGUUGUAUAUGGAAAUUCACUCUUAGUUUUGGUGUUUGGUCAAGCAUGUCUUUGGGCUGUUGUUGGGUAUUUAUGUUGUAUAUUACGUUUAAUGAAUUUGAGUAAAUAACUGAUGUAGUAGUGCCAACUGUUGUCGAUUCUCAUUAACACUUGGCAUUAGUUACAAUUUGUUACAGUGCGGGUAUGAGUUAACAUAUCCUCUUGCAUGAAAGUUCGGCUCUGCAUUUGUAGCUUUUCAUAA